AUGGCAGAUGCCAAUGCUUGGAACAGCGAAGCAGAAGAAGCAGCCCUCGAGGCGGAGGUAGAGAUCCCUAGCGGCUACAAGGAGGGCGACGCCUUCUGGGUGGAGGUCAAUGGCAAGGCUGUGGAGGUCAUCGUGCCUGAGGGCUGCGGUCCCGGCACCCUGCUGACCAUCGAAGUACCAUCCGUCUCCGAGCUGAAUUUCGAGGAAUCGGAGCGCAUUGGACUGGAUAGUGAGCCCUCUUUGCAGGAGAAGUCCGUCACAGAGCUCACGGAAUUGGAGGUGCCGCUGCCGGACGUGCGCCCGGGGUCGCCCUUUCGCGUUCAGAUCCAGGGCCAGGAGUUUUCCUUGAUCGCCCCGGAGAAUUCGGUCCCCGGUGCUUUGCUGAAGGUAGCGGUGCAGAGCCUACGGGAGCCAACUGAGCGGCACAGCAGCAGCGACAGUGGCGACGACCUGGUUGUACCAGACACCUGCAAGGCUGGCGACAUUCUGCAUGUCGAGCUGGACGGAGCUCCGGUUCAGGUGGUGAUUCCCAGCUCUUGUGGCCCUGGCUCCAAGUUGCGGCUGAGGAACACUACUUCUUCGUCAGGGACCAUGAUCUCUGAGAUGAACCAGUCAUUGACGCAGUCUUCGUUGCACGGCAAGUCCGGCCAGGUAGAGGAGCAGUCUCAGGAGAACCAGCCGUCGCAGACGGAGAUGGACAUCGAGGUGCCCAGCGGCGCGAAGCCGGGGGAGGUGCUGACCAUCGAGGCCAACGGCAAGACCUUCGAGGUCACGGUACCCGAAAACGCCCAGCCCGGCAGCGUCAUCACCAUCGGCGUGCCGGAGGCAUCCGAGCCGAGCGUCGCGGGCCAGAACGCUUCGGCUGAAACUUCCCGCGAGGUGGAAGUGGAGAUCCCGGAGGGCUGCCACCCGGGAGACACCUUUGCCAUUGAGGUGGAUGGUCAGGAGAUGGAGAUCGUUGUGCCAGAAGGCUGCCUCCCUGGCUCCGUGAUAACCCUUGACAUUGGGGAAGCAGCAUCGGCGCCGGCAACUCCGGGCAAGCAGACAGAGGUGGAGUCGGAGCCAGCGCCGUUGCCGGCAGACCCUGCACCGUUGCCCGCAGAGCCAGCGCCGUUGCCCGCAGAGCCAGCACCGCUGCCGAACGAAACGGUGCCCACGGAACCGAUGGAGCCACAGGAUCCACAGGACUCCCAGGAGAGUGUCCCGGACUCCGGCGAGGCGUCUCGCGAGGUGGAACUGGAGAUCCCGGAGGGUUGCGAACCGGGAGACACCUUUACCGUGGAGGUGGAUGGGCAGGAGAUGGAGAUCGUUGUGCCAGAAGGCUGCUUCCCCGGCUCCGUCAUCACCCUUGACAUUGGCCCAGCAUCAGUGCCGACGACGCCUGCGGGCCCUACGGAGGGGAAGUCAGAGGAGCCAGCGCCUUUGCCCGCGGAGCCGGUGCCCGCGGAACCCACGGAACAGGUUCAGCCAGAGCCGACUGCCACCCAGCCUGUGGAGCCUGCGGAGCCUGCGGAGCCUUCAGAGCCGGCUGAGGAGCAGAUGGUGGAGCUGGAGAUUGAGGUUCCGGAGGGCCUGGAAGCCGGUCAGGUCUUCGAGGUGGAGUACGAAGGCAGCACAUUGGAUGUGGAGGUGCCUGAAGGCUGCGGCCCGGGAUCUUUGAUCACGCUGCAAGUCCCAGUUCAAAGUCAAAGCGGCUCCAGACAAGGACCCGCUGAUGAAGUGCAGCAGGCUCCGAAAGUUGCUGCGGACCAGCAAGUGCUGGAAGUUGCCGCUGCAUUAGCGCAGAUCGAGGUGGCUCCGCAGCCUGAGGAGCCUACAGAAAAACCUGGGGAGCAGCCUUCGGAGAAACCUGCAGAGCAGCCUGCGGAAAAACCUGCGCAGCAGGUUGCGGAGAGUUCUUCUGAGAUGCCGUCCAACUCGCGCCCAGUCAUUGUCACCGAGACCGAGGCAGAGGCGGCAGAAGAGGAGGUGCCGCUGUCCCCCAGCGGGGAAUUCGAUGCUUUGAAGUUUCCCACCGGCAGCGAGAUGGCCUCUGGGGGGCCGUCCCUGCUCGCCACGGGCGAGUUCGAUGCCAUGCUUUGGCGGGAGACUGCUGCAGCUGCCCUGGCAGGUGUGGAGGCGAAACUCUUGGCAGAGAUUGCUGAGGGCCAAGCUGAAGCGGCUGAUGAGGAGCCGAAGCAGCCAUUGGCGGAUGAGCCGAAGCAGCCACUGGCGGAUGAGCCGAAGGAGCCACUGGCGAAUGAGCCGAAGGAGCCACUGGCGAAUGAGCCGAAGGAGCCAUUGGCGGAUGAGCCGAAGGAGCCACUGGCGAAUGAGCCGAAGGAGCCACUGGCGAAUGAGCCGAAGGAGCCAGAUGAGCCGAAGGAGCCAUUGGCGGAUGAGCCGAAGGAGCCGGAGGUGCCAAAGGAGGUGACGUCGCCGGGGGCGACCGUGGUGACGCCGGAUGUGACGGAGGCUACUGAGCCCGCUGAGCCUACUGAGCCGACACCUGCGCUGGCAAACGAGGUCGCGCAGCCAGUGACUGUGGAUGCGCCCCCCACAAGCACGCAGCCAGCCACGCCGACAGCACAGGCGAUCCUCGCGACCGUCGGGACUCUCCCUGCGAGCACAGUUCACUCAUUUCCCACGGACACCAUCGAGGUUGGCAUCACCAUCCCGGUGGGCACCUACCCGGGCGAUAGCUUCACCACAGAGUGGAAUGGCCAUGAGGUGCAGGUGGUGGUGCCGGCGGGCUGCUCCCCGGGGUCCCUUAUCACGGUGGAGGUGCCUGCAGAGCCCAAGGAGAUGCCGGAAGAGGAGCCCAAGGAGCCGUCGCCAGAGCCGGCGCAGGAGUUCAAGGAGCCGGUGCAGGAGGUGCUUCCGGCACCCGUGACCAUCACAGAGCUGCCGCCCGCACCACAGCCGCAGCCGUCGCCAGAAGCCCCUCAGCCUGCUGCGCCGGAGCCGGCAGCCCUGCAGCCGGCAGCCCCGCAGCCGUUGCCGUUGCAUACGGUGGACCAACCAAAGGUGUUGGAGGCGGGGUCUCCGAUCAAGAGGCCGCCCACCUUGGGCUCGGGCGGAAACGUGGUUUCGCCGGUGGCCACAGUGAAGCGGCGGGAGUGGACACAAGAGGAGAUGGCAGCGGGCAAGUGGCUUGCAGAGGCGCAGGCGGUGCUGAUUUGCUGUGGCUCCGGCAGCCUGGCAGCCUCCUCCGGGCACCCAGACGCCUUCCGCUCCGCGGAGCACUUCGCGGAAUCGUACCCGGAAAUGCCGCAGUGGGGCUACAAGACCGCCACCGACUGCGCUGCCAUCGUGACGGAUGGCCGUUUGUCCCUCUAUGACCAGUGGGGCUUUUGGGCCGACCACACAGAAAAGGUGAACAGCAUGCCAGUUGAUGAAGCCUUGCUGGAAAACCUGUCCAGUGCCAUUGGCGACAAGGACUAUUUCGUGUACAGCUGCAGCGCCGACCAAUUGUUUGAGCGUGCUGGCUUUGACAGCCGCCGGAUCUACACUCCUGCAGGUAGUUGGAAGUACUACCAGUGCGCGCGAGCCUGCUCUAAGAGCUCAGUCUUCGAAUCCCGCACUGCCGUCCAGGAGAUCCUAGAGAACUUGCGGCAAUUUGGCUGCGUCACGGCGGACUGUCUCCCCAAGUGCGCCAACUGCCAAGGCGAUUGUAUUCCCAACGUGCGGCUCAGCGAUUCUUUCUGCCACCAGAAGUACGAGCAGAGCCUUCAAGGCUUCAUCUCGUGGCUGGAAGGUGUGGCGGCCUCGAAGAGUCGGCUGGCGAUCUUGGAGUUGGACACCACCUUUAAGACCAGCCGCCUGGCAUCCUUUCCCAUGGAGUCCAUCGCUGCAGACUUCCCAGGGUCCGCGCUCAUCCGCUUCAGCACGGAAAGGUAUCCUUUCGUGCCGGCGGUGUUGGAGCGUGCCGUGGGCAUACCAGCAGAUACCUUCAAGGAUCUGCCGGAGAUGCUGGCGCGGGUCAAGAGCCCAGACGGAAAGGCCUUGGGUCUCGCCGCGGAGAAGCAGCUCCGCCAAAACUCAGAGGCUCGGAAGAGGAGAUGUUCUUCGCCGGCUUCGGGUCUCACGGGCGUUAAUGCUACAGGCGUGUUUGCACCUGGGGAGGUUUGGGCAAAGACGGGCAAAGAGGGGCCCCGGAUGAGCUUCAACUGGUGGGAGGUGUCCUGGAUUGGUGUGAAGGCGAAGAUCCGCAGCCUGGAGAAGGUCGAGCGCCGAAGCUUCUUGCAUGCCCUGCCGAAGGAGACCAAACACGCGCUUCAAACGCAAGCGCCGAGGCCGUGCAGCUUCAUGGCAGGUGAAGAUGGCGUUCGCAGCUCAGAAGCUGAGGAACAGCCGGAUACCCUGCUCUACGAAGAUCUGACUCUGGAGCUGCCGCGAGAGGAGGUUCAUCAGGAGGCAGAGGACGGUGAUUGCCCAGCGACGCAGUUCUACGACGGGGACGCUGCUGCGGAGGAUGCUUUGCCGCCUCUCUUUAUGGCUACCCAGGCCUACAGUGAGGACGUUGUGUUCGCGAAUUCCGACAGCAAGGUGACCUCUGAUGGAGCUGAGGAUGACAAUGGCUGCUUUUCCGCUGCAUUCUUGACGGAGGAGGAUGGGGAGCCUCACUCGGCCCCUGCGGAGGAUGCUUUGCCGCCUCCCUUUAUGGCUACCCAGGCCUACAGUGAGGACGUUGUGUUCGCGAAUUCCGACAGCAAGGUGACCUCUGAUGGAGCUGAGGAUGACAAUGGCUGCUUUUCCGCUGCGUUCUUGACGGAGGAUGGGGAGCCUCACUCAACCCCUGCGGAGGAUGCUUUGCCGCCUCCCUUUAUGGCUACCCAGGCCUACAGUGAGGACGUUGUUUUCGCGAAUUCCGACAGCAAGGUGACCUCUGAUGGAGCUGAGGAUGACAAUGGCUGCUUUUCCGCUGCAUUCUUGACGGAGGAGGAUGGGGAGCCUCACUCGGCCCCUGCGGAGGAUGCUUUGCCGCCUCCCUUUAUGGCUACCCAGGCCUACAGUGAGGACGUUGUGUUCGCGAAUUCCGACAGCAAGGUGACCUCCGAUGGAGCUGAGGAUGACAAUGGCUGCUUUUCCGCUGCAUUCUUGACGGAGGAGGAUGGGGAGCCUUUGCCGCCUCCCUUUAUGGCUACCCAGGCCUACAGUGAGGACGUUGUGUUCGCGAAUUCCGACAGCAAGGACGAGGAGCUACAUUUCGCUCCGGCGCCUCCGUCAAUCAUGGCCCUUGGCUGGCGACAUGGAGGACACCCUCCUGUAUGA